AUGGCGCGUCAGCAGGUGCUGGUGCUGGUGGUCGCGCUGCUGGCGGUGGCCGUAGCGGCUGCGGUAGGCGGGGGCGGCGGGCAGCCGCGAGACAAGCGGACGCUGGACCUGCUGCUGCGGGGGCUGGCGCAGGCGCUCGGAGGAAGACGUCGGAGGGAGACAGGGGCCGCGGCGUCAUCCCGGCCACGGACCCUCCUCCGCGCGCCGCAGCCGGUGGCGCCUCUAGCGGCGCCCAGAAGGACCGCGAGUCCACCACGCCCAGCCUGCCGGAGCCCGUCACCGACCCCAGGGUGCGGCCGCCGUACGACGUGGACGACCUGCUGUCGUACCGCGGGCAGGGCCGACAGCAGCAGCAGCAGCAGCAGCAGCAGGGCGGGACUUCCCCGAGCUCUGCGCCCGGGACUUCCCCGAGCUCUGCGCCCGCCACUCCCCCCACCACCAGCGCCAGCGCGGGGCCCGUGCUGCCGACGCCGCCGCCAGAGGACUCUGCCAUCAGCCAGUUCGUGCGCUCCAACGCCGGUUCGCUGCUCAACGCCGAGUUCGACAGGACGCAGCUGGGCCGCGGGCCGGGGGGCGUCAAGUGCAGGGAGGAGGUGGUGCCCGCGCCGCCCCACUACCCCAGCUACGGGCCCAGCUUCGAACCCGGGCCACACCACGACUACCAGCAAGGAGGCGGCGCAGCAGGACGACGCGCCGCCGCCGCCGCCCCCGACGCCACCGCCUCCUCCGUCGGUCCCGCGCAGCUCGCCCGGUCCGACGCCAGCCGCCCCCGGGGGCAGCGUCCCGCCUCCGGCCGCCGGCUCGCUGCGGCCCUCGCUGCCGCUGCCGCUGUCGCCCGCCUCCACGCACGCGCCGCCCAUGCUGCAGCUGCUGCAGCAGCGACAGCGGCCGCUGCCCGGCGACGGCGUAGCGGGGGCGGGCCUGGGCGCGCUCUGGCCGCCGCCCCCGUUCGACUCCGCGGCGGCGGCGCUGGCCUCCGGCAGCAACGACCUGCUCGCCUCCACCGAGAAGAGGGCGGCCGGCGCGCACGCGUGGGGGCGGGGCCACGCCUCCGGCCUCUGGGGCAACGGCAAGCUGGCCGCGUCGCCCACGGCGGCGCCGGCGCGCGGCGUCCCGAGCGCCCACUUCCCCGUGCACUACGGCGUGGGCGCCCCCGGCGAGGCGGUCGCCACCGAGGCUGCCGCGGCCGCGGCCGCCCACAGGCUGGAGGCGGCCCCGGCGACACCGCUCACACUGACGCCGACGCCCGCGCUCGACGCACGGCUGCCCUGGUCCUACUACACCGACCCGGCCGGCCACCGAUUCACCAUCGCAAUCUCGACGGCCAGCACACGAGGAGUGGCGCCCAGCGCGCAGCCGCUGCGGUCGACGCCCGCCACCUGGACGCUGUACGCCGCGGCGCCCACCAAAGUCUACAAGAGGCACGCCGUCGCCGCGCGCAGCUGGGCCUUCCGCAGCGAGCGCGAGCACCUGCUGGUGCUCUCCAGCCGCCACGACGACGACGACGACGACAGCGCCGCCUCAGGCUCGGCGCCGGCGGCGGCCCGCCACGUCGCCUCCGGGAGCCGCCCGAUGGCUCACUCGGAGUCCUUCGCCAGCCUGUGGAGCGACUUCCUCUCCAGGCUCUCCGCCGCCGACGACGGCGACGGCGACAGCGACGCGGCCGGUUCGGACGCCGUGGUUUCCCGGCAGGCCGUCUCUAGGGCGGCCAGGAGCGGCGGCCACCACCUGCCCACCUACCACCGCGACCCACUCGCCUACGUCAGCAAGUACGUCCCCGACGACGACGACGACGUGGCCGGUGCCGGCGGGUUCGUCGGAGCCCGCUCCGUGCUGGGGACCAGAGUGGGCGAAAGCAGAUCUGAGAAAUCGGAGAAGCCGACCUCAGAAGAGACAUCCAGAGCCGACAGUAAAGUCGAGGCGGUGACCUGGCCCAGCUACGACGAUCCCGUCCUGUACGGUGACGCCCUGGAGCAGCACCGGCUCGAGGGUAAAGAGCGGCAUUCCACCGGCGACCGAAGACGCGGCAGCCCGGUACCGGCUGAGCAGCGGCCGUCUGCGGCACGGGAGGAAGAGGGGCGACUGGGCACGGGACACGGCGGUCGUCAGGACCCCGGGAUACAGACCGAGCACAGUAAUGCCGGCGUCACUACACUCAGUACCCUACAAACUGCUCGAGAGCGAAUUGGGGAGGGCAGAAACCGACAAGCGUCCAGUCAGAGACUACCUACAAAAGGCGCAGGUGCGGCGGACGAGAAAUCGGGCGACGAGAAGGAGACAGCUGGUGAGAGCAGCGAGCCCGGCGAGGGAGCAGCGGAGCGGGAAGGCGAGAGGGCCGACUUCGUGCCGUACUUCGCGCGGCCCGAGCACUACAGGACCAGCCACGGGCGGCCAGAAGAGGGCGGGGGCGGGGGCGAGGGCGGCGGCGAGGGCGGCGGCGAGGGCGAGGGCGAGGCCGACCUGCAGGAGAGGGGCAGCCAGCAGAGCCGACUCACGGCCACACGCAGGAGGAGGCCGUGGUACUUCCAAGACCCCGGGCCGCGAUACGGCGGCGCCGGAAGGCGCGAGGGCCAGCGACAGCAGCAGGAGGGAGGCGCCCAGCAGCGUCAGCCCCGGCCGCCGCAGCGCCACGGGCAACGUCAGAAGGCCGAGCAGCACCACCAGCAGACCCACGCCGAGGCCGACGUGUGGGACUACUACGGCAAUCCCGACAACUUCUACAUCCCUCCGGACACCCUGUCGACCAUAGUCGUCGAGAAGGAAGACAAGGGGCAGGGGCAGGCGGGGGAGGAGCGGGGGGGCGAGCCCCGGGCCAGCGCGGCCGGCGCGCGCAGCAGCAGGGAGUCCGACUGGCCGCCCCUGCGCUUCCGCAGCAGCACCCACCACUCGGGGCGAGGCGCGGCGGCCGGCGAGCGCUGGUCGCAGCGCUACCCCAGCGGCAAUCCUUACCACAGCGACUACGAGUACCCCAAGGUCGAGUACACCUCGCCUCCUGCACAGGGUUCCGACCGUAACUACCCCUGGUCUCUCUACACUGCACCGUCUCAUUAUUUUGGAACUCGCAAAACGAAGGUCGCUGAAAAAACUGGCGAAACCGCUCCGACCAGUCCGUCCUCCGGGGGCACAACUGUGAACGGUAAGAAGGCUGAGGGUAAAAGUGCCGGCAAGGAAGGAGGCGGCGCGCCGAGCAAGCCGGCGACCCGAGGCGGCGACCCGCUGUGGCACCUGGCCAUGAGGGCGCUCGCCCACGCCGCCGCCGCAGGGAAGGCGAAGCCGAAGCCCUCCGGCGCGCACGAGAACGGCAAGACCGAGAUCCCGAAAAAAGGCGACUCCCUGCACUAUCCCAGCUCACAGUCCCGUGCUUCUGGAAGUGAAACUGUACCGGACACCUCCAAGAAGAGUGACACUUCCACCGACAUUGCCCCGACAAAUCCAGUUUCUUGGUUCUCUGGAGAGGGCACUGACCCUUCGAGGGCUUCUUCAGUCACUAACCCAGCUGCAGCAACGACUUCUACGGAUGACCGAAAACACGGAGAGGUGUCAACAGACGCCGCUGGUGGCGACCACUGGACACCGUACACUGGCCACUUUGGCCAGAAUGCACACACAGACGCCGACGCCGACGCCGGCAGCGGCAGCGCUGCCCCGCCGUGGCCCCCGGCGGCCUUCUCCAGGGACGACGCGGCCGCCGACUACGGGCUGGCGGACGCCGGCGGGCCGCGGGCCGGCCCCGGCUCCUCUGAGUCGCCGCAGGUGACCCAGACGACGACGACGACGACGACGACGACGUCGCGGCAGCGCGAGUCGUCAUUGGGCGGCUUCCUGGGCCUGCUGCUGCCGCGCUUCCUGCUGCCGUCGCCGCCAGCUGCGGCCGCCCCCACCGCCCAGGAGGUUCUGCGAGCCGUCAGGCCGCAGGUGCGCCUCGGCGCGGCGCCGUCGGGGGGCGGCGGCGUGGCGGCGGUGGCGUCGGCGGAGCCGGUGCGCUUCCAGUUCAGCACCGAGACGACGCUGCUGGCGCCCCUCGGCACCGGCGGCCGAGGCCUCUCCAGGGAGACCGUCUCGCGCACCUCCAGCCUGCACGUCACGGGACACUUCCAGGUGAAUCCAGAAGACAAGGGCGACGCAGACGCGGCAGCGCGGCCCAAGUCGCGCAUUGCUGCCGCCGCUGCCAUCUAGGAGGCACGAGCGCAACCCGCUGCCGGCGCUGCCACCUAGUAGCCACGAGCGCAACCCGCUGCCGGCGCUGCCACCUAGUAGCCACGACGUGCGCAACGAGUGUCGCUUCUCGGGUUUCUGCGUUCAGAUACUUCGUCAGGCGCCAACAUUUUAAACAGUGUACCGAAAGAUUGUUGUUUUCUUAUUUUCCGUAUACAACUAUUAUUUCAGUGACCUGGCACCGGCUGUUUAUCUACUAGUGCUAAUUUUCUAUGUUAAGUUUUACGUCUGUUUGUUGUUUACCUAUCUGUUUAUUGUCGAAUUUAUUUAUAGCGACUGAUUUAAAAGAGUACAAUAUGUGGAAGAUGUGCUGCACUGCGGCAGCUGUUGUUAAAGUUUCAUAAAGAAAUCUUUGAAUACAAACUUGUUUUGGAAAAUGUUUGCUUUCACGAAAGAAGAAUAUGUUGCAGUAACAAAAAUGUCGCCAUUUUUCCCAUGUUGAUAAUCAUUAGUUAUGAAACAUUUGUUAUUCCGAUAUCCCGUUUUUGCGUCGGUGUUUGUGUUGACUGAAAGAAACUGGGGUACACGACCACUAUUUUCUCACUCGAUUUCAUGCUGCACUACUUUCACGUUCAUUUCACGCCUGACUGUGUGGGGAGAUUAAACAACAUCAACAACUGUUGAACUUAACAAUUGUAAUUUGCAAUGUCUGUUGCACCACGAAGAGCACGUAAUAUUAUCGAUUUGGUAACACA